AUUAACCUCAACUUCGACCUUCGAGACUCCACCAACGCACCAAGGAACCACCACCUUGUCCUCCCAUCACAGCUCCCAUCGAAUCGACCGCCGCCAUCGCUCCGCUGCCGAACGCAUCGUCGCAUCCGCGCUCUCCUCCUAAUUUAUCCCGAUCCCUCUCCGGCAUCAUCUCUUCUCCCCGCCGCCAUAUCCUCCUCCAUUAUCACCAUGUCCGCCCAAAACUCGGCCGGUAUCCAGACUCUUCUCGACGCUGAACGAGACGCUUCCAAGAUUGUCCAGAAAGCUCGGGAAUUCCGCACCAAGCGUGUCAGGGAAGCCCGUGAUGAGGCCAAGCAAGAGAUAGCCGAUUACAAGUCCUCCAAGGAGGACGAGUACAAGCAGUUCGAGUCCGAGCAUAGCAAGGGCAACCAGGAGGCUGAGGCCGAGGCCAACCGAGAGGCUGAGGAGCAGAUCAAGGAGAUCCAGGCGGCCGGGAAGAAGAGCCAGGCCCAGGUUGUCAAGAACCUGCUCACCGCUGUCUUUGACGUCAAGCCCGUCCCCCCCUCUGCUGCUUGAGCGCAAUCUACAAACAAAUUCCCCGAGAGCCUAGCCGAAGCUCAGCUUCCGCCAGUGAUAAACCAAUCCCCGCGGCUCACCAAUUCGACCCGAUGAGGGUGGACAAUGGAGGAAGAGGAGGAACGUGUGGAGACGGAAGACUCGCGCCAAACAUGACCAAUCCUCAUGCGUCCCAUCCAAGGCGCAGCUUUUUAAUACAAGUCUACUGAACGAAA